AUGGGCAGCGUGGAGCAGGGCCUGGGGCGGGGCUUGGCCCUGGCGGCGGGCGCGGAUUGGCACGCUGCGAAUCUCCCUGCUGCCUUACAAGGCGGUGCGAGGCGAGCUAUUUUUAGAGGGCUAUAUAAGGGGGCCGAAGAGGCCGUGCGGUGGCCGGGGAGUGCGAGCGCGAGGGAUUGGGAGGGUAGCGGCGACACUUGCACCGGCUCGCGGGACGCCGAGGCGACUGGGCUCGGGCCGCACGCCGGCCUCCGACCUUCCCUUGGGCGCCAGGUGGAGCCCCAGGCGGCCGGAGCCUGCGCCCCUCAGAGGGGAGAGGGUCGCGUAUCGCCGUUCUGGCGUGGACGCGGCCGGUCAGGAGGCUGCCAGGGUGCAGAGAAGAAGCGCCAGAGGAGGAAGCGCCACACAAUGGAGCAGAACAAAGGGGAAUACGCGAAAACAGCGGCCUGCCCCCGCCUCGCGCGCCGCGCGCAGUCCCCGCCCCCAGCCCCGCCGGCGCCCCUGUGCGUGCCGCCGCGCCCCGCCCCGCCCGCCCAGCCUUCUGACCCGGCGCCGGGGACCGGGCGGGGGUCACACUCGCAGUUAGAGAUGAUUGGAUCUGGACGUUUUGCUGGAGAGUGUGUUAAAGACAAUAAAGGGAAUCCUUGUAGACGCGGGGUGCAGGCAGGAGCCGGCAACUUGCUUGGGGGCUUAAACGUGAGACUUCCCAUGUGGCUUGGAGAGAGGGUGUCCGUCUGCCUAGCUGCGGUGGUGAGAGGAGGACCCGGAUUGCGUUAUGGCGCUAACAUAUAGAGAUGUAUAGAUAGAGACCCUAUUACCUCUUAGCUGAACUACGCACGUUGUGAGGGUUGACCGCUUGUUUGCUUGACCUUAAAUGGUUAGUGUGGUUAAAGCUUCCCCAAAAUGCAGUGUGAGCUGAACUUCCACUUUUGGAAUCAUUGCAGAAUUUGGUACUUAUUCUGAAAUGAGAAACUUAAAUUCAAUUCAUAAUGGAAGAAACACAUCCACCUUAAUCGCCCUUCUCAACUGUCUCUCCUUCUGAUUAUGUGGGACUCCAUAUCACAAUAUUUCGAAAGUUCUACUUUAUAGAACAAACACAGUUUGAAAUUCAGUAUU